UCAAUUCUCGUUGAAAUAUGGAGAGAGUCCUGGGUGGUUUGUACAUCUCAUCGUAUCCACAUCUACUCACCAAUAGAUUAGAGUGCGAGGAGAAUAAUAUAACACAUAUUGUAUCCGUGUUCAAAGGAACAUUUCCACCAUCUUUCAACAAGUAUACGCUCCAUUCCAUUCCAGUUGAUGAUCUAGAGAGUACAAACAUCAUAGAAUGGUUUGACGAUGCCAAUGAUUUCAUUAAUAGAGCUCUAUUUCCUGGACAAACAGAGAUUCAAAGAGGAGUGAAGGGGAAGCAUGAGACCAACGUUGUGGUGAUUUGUCAAGCCGGUGAGAGUAGGAGCGUUGUUGUUCUCGCUAGUUAUCUCAUGAAGAAGUACAAUUUGAAUCCCGAACAGGCUUUACAUGCAAUUCAGAGAAAGAGACCCCAUAUUCACCCAAAUGAGAGCUUCAGAGAACAGUUGGAGUUGUACUAUGCAAUGGAUUGUGUACUUGAUAAGGACAAUCAUUUAUAUAGGCAGUGGUUGCUAUCUCACUCUACCCAAACAGACCCAACAGGAAGAGAACUGUUAUCCAAGGACUCUACCUUUAUAGAUGAGUCGAAAGUUGACAUUUCAAAGAGCAGUGAGGAAUUGACACAACUUAGAUGUAAACGAUGCAGACAACCUCUGGCGUUGAGUACCUCAUUCGUUCCUCAUGUUCCACCAGGAGAGGAGUCGAAACAGAGCAGAUUUGUUCGUAAGGUUCCAAAUUCAAAACGUGUUAUCAGCGUACAAUCUGCAGCAAGCACAUGCUCCCACUAUUUCGUUGAACCACUGAAUUGGAUGAAGGAUGAUUUGCAGAAUUCACAAGAGUUGGAGGGUAAAUUCCAAUGUCCAAAAUGUGAUACAAAAGUUGGUGCAUUCAAUUGGAAGGGUUCUCGUUGUAGUUGCGGAAAAUGGAUGGUUCCUGCAAUUCAUCUGCAAAGGGCCAAGGUUGACGAGAUUAAACUCAAUCAUCAAUCGUCAUAUCCAAAUCAGAGCCAUUCAUAGAUACAUUUGACACAUCGAACGAAGAUUCUGAAAUCGGCAACUGUUCCGACUCAAAGCUUCUCUGUUGCUCAUUACGGUGUUGAUUCUCACCAUUGAUAUGGGUUGGAGUGAUGAAAUGUGCUACUGGUGCAGAGUCUCUGCGUUGAGCAUCUUCAUGUUCAGCAGAAUCCGCUUCGUACUGUUCCGCAACCAUAAAUCCACGAUCAUAUUGGCUUUCAAAAGUCCUUACAUCUUCAAC